AUGGCCAGUCUGGCCCCACGUUCAGUGUGUAGUGAACUCUGUCCUUCUGGAUAUAGGAAGGCUAGUCGGCCAGGACAGCCAAUUUGUUGCUUUGACUGUGUGCCAUGCUCCAUGGGGGAAAUCACAAACAUAUCAGGUGCCAGUGACUGUAUGAAAUGCCCAGAUCAUCUCUGGUCAGAUGACAAAAGAGAGAAGUGCAUUCCUAAAAUCACUGAUUUUCUGUCCUUUGAAGACUCGUUGGGUUCAUCUUUAACUGCCAUAUCAACUGCUGCUUCCUUCAUCACCGUAUCCGUUCUUAUUAUCUUUGUUAAAUUCUGUGACACUCCGAUAGUUAGAGCCAACAACCAGGAACUCAGCUAUGUUAUUCUUGCCUCUCUUACCCUGUGCUUUCUGUGUUCCUUGAUAUUCAUUGGGCACCCCAUGAAAAUUAACUGUCUAGUCCGGCAGCCUGCCUUUGGUGUUAUAUUUUCUGUUUGUAUUUCUUCUGUCCUGGCUAAGACUAUAAUUGUUGUUGUUGCCUUUAAUGCUACUAAGCCGUCCAGUAAGUUGAAAAGAUGGGUAGGAUCAAGGUGGAUACCCAGCUCCAUUGUCAUGUUCAGUUCCGUGUUGCAGGUCAUUAUAUGUGCAAUCUGGCUGUGUACCAGUGCUCCGUUCCCACAGAAUAAUAUGAACUCUGAACCUGGAAAAAUAAUAAUUGAGUGCCAUGAAGGUUCUACCAUCAUGUUUUACUGCAUGCUGGGUUAUUUGGGAUUCUUAGCCAGCACUUGUUUUAUUGUUGCAUUCUUUGCAAGAAAUUUACCUGACAGAUUUAAUGAAGCUAAGUACAUAACAUUCAGCAUGCUUGUGUUUAUUAGUGUCUGGCUGUCAUUUAUCCCAGCCUACUUAAGCACCAAAGGGAAGAACAUGGUUGCUGUGGAGAUAUUUGCCAUCCUGGCUUCUAGUGCAGCCUUACUUUUCUGUAUAUUUAUUCCCAAAUGUUACAUUAUUUUAUUUAAACCUGACAAGAACACAAGAGAAAAGUUAACAGGGAAAUAA